AUGGGUACCCAAGAAACACCCCCCACAAGGUUAAAACGCCAGAUUAAGUUCCCAAUCCCCAAACUGAAUGAACAGAUCAACAAAACGAACAAACUACCAACGCCAAUAAACAGAAAGGGAGCAGAACAUACAAGCAUUAACAAGAAUCCCGAAGAAAAGGGACCCAUGCCGGAACCCAUCUGCCAGGAAUCAUAA